CUUCUUGAAGUACGACGUCGGUUCUUUUUGACGCUCCAUUUACUUGGUGAUGGUAGUAAAUUUGGUGGAAGUAAUUCAGUUUUUUGUUCCGUUAAUGGAAGAACAAAUUUCCUGUCAACGUAUUUCGCAUAAAUCCAUUUCUUUCUAACUUCAUCAUCACAAUUUUCAGUAGCUCGCUCAAUAUCACUCAAAAUUUCAUCGUAUGUCGCCUCAUAAAUCUUAUUAACAACUUCAUUUCCCAAUUCGGUCAUGACGCGAAGAAUUUCUGGCUCCCAAACGUCUAAUGUAAGACUUCGAACCUUUGAGUAGUGUACGCCUAAUGAUCUAUGAACUCCUGAACAUGCUAUGCAUAAUGUAAUGCCCAAAUUUAUAGACGCCCAUUUUGGAUCGUUAUUUCCACAGUCAGCACAUCUCAUAUUUCCUGGAAUCAAGAGCAUUUGCUUCCAAUUUAUUCUCUUUUCUUUGGUUUUACUCGACGAUGGUGUCGUAGCUGAAGAAGAACUUGAUAUACUGGAAGUACUAGCACACAUAUGUUGAGAGUAUCUGCUGUUAUUCUGUAUAGCAUUACCAAUUGCUGAUUGAAGCGCCUGUAUCCAGUCUUGAUAGUGUGUCUCAGUAUCAGCUUGAAGGAUAUGAUUUUUAGUCGGCGAAAUGACUUCAAAGCAGAAUCUCCGAUCGGCAUCAAAUAAUGGCCUGACAGCACAUAACUUUAAGUCAUCUUCCAUAACUGUCGGCAGUUCUUCACCCGAACGCUUUCGAUAAUAAAGCUUGUUAUCUUUCAUGUAGAACCAUCGUCUAUUCCAUGUCUUAAAUGCAUUUGAUGUCCUUUUAAAUAAAUAUCCUUCCAUUUGUUUCACAGCACCUUUCGAGUCAUCUCCAUCCUUAUUCUUUUCUUCCUUUGAAUAUCCAUUUACAUAAUUAUGUCGCUUUUGCAUCUCCUUCUCUAGUACCGCAUAAUCAGCUCUCAUGCUAUUAACUUCUUCAUCCAAUUCCUUGAAUAAAUAAGUAUCAUAAUCUUGACAUAAAUCACUGCCUUGAUGAAAGUACGUAGAACAUGCAGAUACAUAACUCAAAAGAGUUGAUAGAAUUUCUGGUCUUUUUUUACGCUGUAAUAAUGUGAUAUAAUUGACAUAGUCAAGUGCUGAAUGUUGAAAUUGUGAUUUUGUCGAGCACACAUAAUUCUCAGCUUCAACAAUCUCUUGUGGACGACUCUUAUUUACUUGUGAGUUCUUGUUUAAUGCACCAUCGAAAUUUUCUGAGACUUUCAUGAAUAUUUGCUUAUAGUCCUUAACUUCUCGAAUGUCUUUUUUAAUAAAAUUUGAAAUAUUUUUUAGGACUGUCUUCGAGCAUUGUUCGAGGAGAAUGUUAUGGAAUUUAUUCAUUUCUUGAAGACAAUGAAUGAUUUUUGUCAGAGCAUCUUUGUCGUCUGGAAAAUGCUUUUGAAGUUCCCAUAACGAUGUCGCAAAUGCACUGUCAAAAAAAAUUCAAAUUCUAUGUUAAAAACAUUAACGGCUGUGAAUAUUUCAAAAUUGAGCAACAAAAGCAAACUCAGCAUUACACCACUCCAAUUACUAAUUGAUUCAAUCAUAUUCUCUUGCUGUAGAGAGUGAAAUUUUUUUUGGAAUCUCAUUUUUAGUGUAAAUAGGAUUAAUGUGAUACCAAAAAUAUCACAAUUCUUUCGAUUUAUGUUCAUACAUCAUAAGUUUAUUCAGUUAUAAAUCUCUUUAAGUUGAACCUUACGUCUCAUUUUUCUACAUGAAUUUUGUUGUGUGACUUAAGAGAAUCAAGAAGAUACGAACAAAAAAUUUAAGUGUUGAUUAAUAAUGGGCAAUCACAACAAGAUUGUGUUUGUCACAUUAGCCUUAUGUCUCUUAAUAUUUAUACUACCUCACAAAGAAAUUAAUGCACAAACGACUAGCAAUUAUGAUCGUAAUAGGAUUGAUAGUGAUUUGAAUAAUCAGUAUGGACGAGGACGGUACAAUCAGCAACAACAACUACCAUUUAAUGGUCAAAGGAACAACGAUUCUCAGAGAAAUUUAAAUCCGACAAGAAAUCCAGCUGAUCCUAGUAGUUAUUUUGAUAAUAGUAAUCGAUAUACUUAUAAUCGUAAUCCAGCAUACUCAAAUUAUAAUUAUGGACAAUAUGGAGCAUUUGAUGAUCUUGAUCCAAAUCUCAUGUGUCCGGAACAUUGGAUUGCAUUUCGUCAAACAUGUAUGAGAUUUGUUCAAUCGCCCAGACGAACAUGGUAUGAGGCAAAGAAGAUUUGUAUUGCUGCCAAAGGAGAUUUGGUAAAUGUCGAUAAUCCCGAGAAGCUUGCUUUUUUAACACGUGAAUUGUAUUUGAAAAAUCAAGUACAGAACAGAUAUUAUAUUUCGGCAAGAAUGACAUCGCCCGGAAAUUGGGUCAACGAUGACAGUAGUGCUUUCUACUUUACAGAGGAGAUGUUCUCAUAUGAGGAAACAGAAAUCGACCGAGAACAAAAUAUUGAAUAUUUAAACAACAAUCAACUUUACAUCGCACAGAGGAAUCAGUUUGGAAAUUUCAAUAACUUGAAUCGACAAAGUCCUAAUACAUAUAAUGUUUACGACAAUCGUUUAUUGCAAAAAGACAGAGUAGUAUUUGGUUAUUCCUUCGAGAAAAGCAGAUGGAUGUACAUGCCAACGUAUGAUUUUGAAAAUAAUUUAUUCAUAUGUGAAUCUCAACAGCUUUAUAGCGUAGACAAUAUUAAUGCACAUGCAGAUAGUAAGCGUGAAAUCGACUAUGGAGUGGAAGUAAUUGAUCCAUUAAAACUUGAACGUGGCCCUUAUUUCAUAAAACAGCCAAAGGAUACAACUUAUGAUACAGGAAAGCGUCGUGUUACAAAUGAUGUUUCUAUUCAGUGCUUAGCUGGCGGAUAUCCAACACCAACAUACAGUUGGUACAAGGAACUAUAUAUUAAUGAUACCCUGAACUUUACAAAAAUAGAUCCUCUGCUGGAUAAUAGAUACACUAUUAGUGGUGGAAAUUUAAUCAUCUACAGUCCAGAUCAAUCUAAGGAUCAAGGGACAUAUCAUUGUGUUGCUAGCAACAAGUAUGGCAAAGUUGUAUCAGAGAGUGUUCAAUUGAAUUUCGGUUACAUCCUUGAAUUUAACUUGAAACGUUCUCCUGAGAUUGGUGAUGUCAAUUGGGGAAAAACUCUCUUCUGUGAUCCACCAAGUCAUUACCCAAAUGUUAAGUACUACUGGAGUCGUGAUUUCUUCCCAAACUUUGUUGAAGAAGAUACAAGAACAUUUGUCAGUUACGAUGGUGCUCUUUAUUUCUCAGCAUUAGAAUCAAUCGAUCGAGGCAACUAUUCAUGUACAGUCAUGAGUACUGUUAGUGACACUGGAAGAAAUGGACCUUUAUUUCCACUUGCUGUCAGACCACAUCCAAAUUUCCAAGCACUUAUUUUUGCCAACUCGUUUCCAAAAGUAUUUCCUGAUGCACCAAUUGCUGGCGAUGAAAUUCGUUUAGAAUGUAUUGCAUUUGGUUAUCCAGUUCCAGCAUACAACUGGACACGUAAAAAUUCUGAGCUACCCCGUCAUGCAUAUAUGAUGAAUUAUAACCGUGUUUUAGUUAUUCCAAAUGCAACUGUUAAUGAUAAUGGCGAAUAUGUUUGUACAGCAAGAAAUGACAAAAAAGCAAUACCAAAAUCCGUAAUGGUAAAUGUUCAAAUGAAGCCAAAUUUCACAAUUCCAUUGCGUGAUCAAAUUAAAGACUACAACUCUGAAGUAACAUUCAUAUGUGAAGCAAAUUCAAUUCCCGACUCUAAUUACACUUGGUACAAAAAUGCUGAAACAAUGGAUAGAGAGAAACUUGAUAAAGACAAGUACAUAAUACAGGACAAUAUAUUAACAAUCAAGUAUUUAGAUCCUGACAAGGAUAAUGGAAUGUAUCAGUGUAAAGCUACCAAUCAAUUGAAAGGAGUUUACUCAUCAGCAGAAUUGCGUGUUUUAUCAAUGGCUCCGACAUUUAAAAAACGACCAUUAGAAAGUGAAAUUUAUGCAGUUUCUGGAGGAAAUACUACGAUUAUCUGUAAUCCUGAAGCAGCACCACGACCAAAAUACCAAUGGAAAAAAGACGGAAACGUAAUUGGAGCUGGUGGACAUCGAAAGAUUCGUCCGGAUGGAACACUUGUCAUUGCACCAACAUCACGAGAUGAUGAAGGCAUUUACAGUUGUGUUGCCACAAAUGCAUAUGGAACAGAUGAGUCAAAAGCAAGAUUAAUUGUUCUGCAGGAAAUUCGAUUCUCACAACCUCUACAACCGCAGAUCUUAACUGAAAUUGGACGCUUCCUUUACAUGCGAUGUGAAAUUUAUUCUGACUUAAUUCUUGAUGUUGCAUUCGUUUGGACAUUCAAUGGAGAAGUUAUUCGUCCAUAUGAUCAUGAAGACUUUAGAAAUGACAGAGUUGAUAUCAAUUAUAAUGAAUUGACAAUAUCAAAUACAUCAUUACUUGAUUCUGGAUUUUAUGAAUGUAUCGCAAAAUCAGCUGUGAAUGAAAUUCGUUCAUCAACUCAGGUUAUUGUUCUUGGACCACCUGGAAUGCCUGGAGGUGUCAAAGUUAUCGAUAUUAAGAAAACAGAAGCAACUCUUGAAUGGAUCGAUGGAGCAGAUAAUGGUGGUAUUAUUUCAAACUAUAUUGUUUAUGCACGCACAAAUUGGAAUAAGACAUGGCAUCUUGUAAGUGAUCGUGUUGAUGCACGUGAAGUUGACCGUUAUACAGGUCGUAAAAGUGCAGACAUUGAAGGCUUAUCACCUUACUGUUCUUAUGAGUUUGCUGUGUCAGGUGUUAAUGGUUUUGGGGCGAGUCCAUUGUCCCUUCCAUCACCGUCGCACAAUACUUUACACGACAAACCAUACACUGCGCCAAUAAAUAUUGAUGGAGGUGGAGGAAAAAUUGGAGAUUUAGUUAUAACUUGGGAUGUUUUACCACCAGAAGAACAUAAUGCUCCAGGUAUUCAUUACAAAGUAUAUUAUCGUUUACACGGCAAAAAUGGAUCAUCGGAAUGGGCUGAAAAAAUAUAUAAGAAGGAAGGAAAUGUGGGAAAGGCCGUAAUCCAUUUCGAAAAACUUGAUCAUUAUUACACAAAGUAUGAUAUUAAAGUUCAAGCUAUUAAUGACAUCGGUACCGGUCCGGAAAGUAAUGUCAGUGUGAUUUAUUCAGCGGAAGAUAUGCCACAAGUUGCUCCGCAGCAAAUAUGGGCAAAGGGAUUUAACUCGACAGCAUUAAACGUUACAUGGAACGCAAUUGAUCAACGUCGUGAAAUGAUUCGCGGUAAAUUACUUGGACACAGAUUGAAGUAUUGGAAAAAGGAUCAUAAAGAAGAAGAUGCGAUUUAUUAUCUGUCGCGUAGCACGAAAAAUUGGGCAUUAAUUGUCGGUUUAGAACCUGAUACAUAUUACUGGGUGAAGGUUAUGGCUUAUAAUGCAGCUGGUGAAGGCCCCGAAAGUGAACGUUUCCUCGAAAGAACAUACAGAAAAGCUCCACAGAAACCACCAUCCUCUGUACACAUUUAUGGCAUUAAUCCGUCGACAAUUAAAGUUGUGUGGCGUUAUGUUUCACCAUCACAAGAAGAAGAACCUGUUGAGGGAUAUAAAAUUCGUAUAUGGGAUUCAGAUCAAGAUAUGGCAACAGCUAAUGAUACAGUUGUGCCACUGGGACGAAAGCUUGAAUACAUUGUUGACAACUUGACACCAGGAAAAAUGUAUAGACUCCGAGUACUAGCUUUCAGUAAUGGCGGUGAUGGACGAAUGUCUUCACCAACACACACAUUCCAAAUGGGUAUCACACAGUUGCCAUACAAUGCAGCAAGAAGUAUUCAGUUAGAUCAUUUGGUAGUUAUUGCCGUACUGUCAAUAAUUUACUUGUUUCAAAUGGCUUUAUAUUAGACAAAAAAAUCUCGACAUGUUUUAAGAAUACGAACUUUAUCAAGCUACUUGUUUAUUAACUUUUUUAUUUGUUAUAAAGACAGACAUAAGACAUAAAAUUGUAAGUACCAUAAAAAAAGAUUAAUUAGACGAUUAAUGACCCGAAGACAAUUCAUAACGAGAAGUUGUAUUUGUAAUAGAAUUUUGAUAUUUUUUAAACAAUAAAUUCCUCCCCUAUUGCUCUAUUUACACAAUUAUAAUAUAGAUAGAGAAUCUAUGACACUAAAGAAUACACAAUUAUAGCAUUUAUGUAGUUUGAAUCUCUCUCAUUAUUACAAAGCUAAUGCUUUAUUAAGAUCUGUAAACAUUCAAUGAAAAAAAAAAAAAAGAUCUGCUUUACAUUAAAAAUGUCGAAAAAAACGAAAAUUUAUCAUUCCGACAUUCCACAGUAUAUUGAGAAAUUUUUCUAUGAAGAUGAUUAAUUCAACAUACAUUGUUGCUUGUCUUUUAAAUUUAAAUUUCAAAAUGCAAAAAAUCUCAUCGAAGCAUAGAAACGAAGAAGAAUAAGAAGAGCAUUAGCUAUUUUGUUGUUAUAAUGACAUGACAUAAGUACAGUCAGUCAAGGCCUUUAAAAUCAUUCAGUUGAAAAUUUUAUUUUAUACCCAAAAAAGAGAGCAGCAUAGAAGAUAAUAUGAUAUUUUUAUACAAACACAAGAAGUGCAGGGAACGGAACUGCUUUUAGCUGACAUGAGUAAUUUUUUAAAAAAGCGUUAACAACAGUUUACAUUCCUUGUCGAUAAAAAUGCUUAUGCACAAUAAUCAUACAACAUAAAAUGCCUUUUAUAUCAGUAGAGAUUCUAUAUAAAUGAAUGAGAUAUAUUUUUACAAACACAUAAAAAGCGCCUUAUCAGUGCGAAAAAUUCGUCCAAUAGGUUUUAGGCUUUAGUUAAGUGAACAUUUUUUUAAAUGACGUAGAAUUUUUCUUAAUUCUCGAUAAUAUCGUUUGCAAACAAUUUUAGGAUUUAGUAAAAGAGAGUUUGUUCUUGAAUAUUUUUCUACAUUCCAAAAAGAAAUGAAAUUUGAAUUUUAUUGCUGACUUAUCGAAAAAGUUUUCCUUAUCUUAAACGUUUUUGUAAUGUUCUUAUAACUGGA